AACCCGGAAGUGCGGCGCGCGGCGCGGCUGCCGGGGCGACCGUUAGACGGGGCGGCCUUAGACCGGCGCGGCCGCGGAGGGACUAGGAAGCCCUGCAGCCGCGGCGUCCGAGCUUCGGCUGUGGCCAUGGCGGACAAAGGCUCGAGGCAGGAGAGGCAGCCCCGGCAGCACAGUGAGCCCGGGUCCUCGGCGGAAAAGCCGCGGCCACCAAAAGUUCUGGUGCCGCAGGCCAACAUUGUGCCUGGAGGGCUCACGGAGGCAGAGGUGGCAAAGCUGAGGGCUCGUGAGGAGGGCGAGGAGGUGGUGGGCGACAUCAUGGAGGAGCUGGUGGAACGAGUGAUGGAUGCCGCCUACAAAUCCUACCUGGAACGGCAGUGUAUUCCAUACACAGUAGACUGGGCACGGGAGACCAUGCUACAGAUGGUCCAGUUGCGGUUCAUGCCCCGAGAUGAGGGAGAACCCAACCUGGCGGAGGACCCCACGUGGGCCGAGGACGAGGAACCCACACCUUGCCCGAUUGACACCUGGGCUCGGGGAGCCGUGCCCGUGCAGUGCGCGCCCUCCUUGGUAGCACGGAAGAAGAGCCAAGGCAGAGGCCUGGACCCCAAGGAUCAGGAGAGCCAGGAUCUUCAGAAGGGGCCUCACCCCGUGCCUGGAGUUCUCAAGGCCAUGUCCCAGGUGGUGAGGAAGCCCACGUUGCUGCCGAAAGUGCUGAAGAUGGCUCCUGGUGCGAGCACAUGGAACCCAGCCACCCAGGAGCUGCUUAGCCAUGCUGAACCUCAACAGGAAGACAAAGAGGGCAGCACCUCUCGUCCCAUCCACACGGGUGCCCCAGAACCCCAAGUGACGGUGGCACAGCCAACAAAAAACUCAGGUCCCCAAAUAUCAUCACUCCCCUCCAAGCACCUGCCCCAUCCUGGGCCCUGAACCUCAGGCAGUGGGAAUCCUGCCUACCUUCUGUCUGCCUGCCAGAAAUAAACACCUGCGUUGCUUUAACAA